ACUGCUGGGAAACCUGAAGUGCGGGCUUAGGGAGCUGCGUCUCUCCCGCCACACCCUGACUUUCAAAUUACAGCCUACUCCUCCGCUUCAUUCAUCGGUCACCGAAUGUGCCUAGGACAGCUGCCCGACUGUUGGCGUCCAUCGGGUUAAUUAGACCAGGUUUGCAGCUCCUUGCAGCAUUGUGCUGAAGACAACAAUGCCGAAGAAAGCGAAGCCUGCAGCAAAUGGGCAGGAAGAGGGGCCUGCUCCCUGUAAGCAGAUGAAGGUGGAGGUGGCCGAGGGGCCUUUCCCUUUGAACUUUGACAGCCCCAGUGGCCUCUUUGAAAGUUUAAUCUCACCCGUCAAGGCAGAGACUUUUUUCCAGGAAUUCUGGGAGCAGAAGCCCCUUCUCAUCCAGAGAGAUGACCUAGCGCUGGCCACAUAUUACCAGUCCCUGUUCAGGCUCUCAGACCUGAAGAGCCUGUGCCGCCAGGGUGUGUACUACGGGAGGGACAUCAACGUCUGCCGUUGUGUCAGUGGGAAGAAAAAGGUUUUAAAUAAAGAUGGCAAAGUGCACUUCCUUCAGCUGAGAAAAGACUUCGACCAGAAAAGGGCAACAAUUCAGUUUCACCAACCUCAGAGAUUCAAGGAUGAGCUUUGGAGGAUCCAGGAGAAGCUGGAAUGCUACUUUGGCUCCUUGGUUGGCUCGAAUGUGUACAUGACGCCCGCAGGAGCUCAAGGCCUGCCACCCCAUUAUGAUGAUGUCGAGGUCUUCAUCCUGCAGCUGGAGGGAGAGAAGCACUGGCGCCUGUACCGCCCGACGGUGCCCCUGGCGCGGGAGUACAGCGUGGUGGCCGAGGACAGGAUCGGGAGGCCGGCACAGGAGUUUACGCUGAAGCCAGGAGACCUGCUGUACUUCCCCAGGGGGACCAUUCAUCAGGCAGACACUCCCCCGGGGCUGGCGCACUCGACUCACGUGACCAUCAGCACCUACCAGGGCAGUUCAUGGGGAGAUUUCCUUUUGGACACCAUUUCGGGGCUCGUGUUUGAUACCGCGAAGGCCGAUGUGGAGUUACGGGCCGGCAUCCCUCGGCAGCUGCUCCUGGUGGAAACCACAGCUGUUGCAACAAGAAGAUUAAGUGGCUUUCUGAGGAUGCUUGCAGACCGGCUGGAGGGCACCGGAGAACUGCUUUCAGCAGACAUGAAGAAGGAUUUUGCCAUGAACAGACUUCCGCCUUACUACAUGGGAGACGGAGCAGAGCUUUCAACACCAGGUGGAGCUGAUUGUCUUCUUCGAGGUGGACAGUUACCGAGGUUGGACAGCAUGGUGAGACUGCAGUUUAGAGACCACGUUGUCCUCACUGUAGGACCGGAUCCGGAUCCAUCUGAUGAAACUAGAGAAAAGGUCAUUUACAUCUAUCAUUCCUUAAAGAAUAAAAGAGAGACACACAUGAUGGGAAGUGAGGAAACAGAGUCUCAUGGACUUCUCUUUCCUUUCUCGCACAUGGAUGCACUGAAGCAAAUUUGGAGCAGUUCAGCUGUUUCUGUCAAGGACCUGAAACUUACUACGGAUGAGGAAAAGCACAGCCUGGCGAAGAAAAAUUUGAUCUUUUACAAGGGUGACAGAGUCUUUAUACCGUGAGGGCAGACCAGGGAGGUCUCUGCUCAGGGACAGGUAAGCCUUGGUUAGAGUCUUGUCACCCAGAAGGGUGUCUUUGUUAAUACUGAGAGUGCCAGGAUGGCUGCAUAUUAUUUGUGCUUUUUUAGUUUGAAGGACCGAGCAAAGAGCAGCCACAAAACACUCCAGUAGUUGACCCUUUUUCCUUACAAAGCUGAGGCCCCUCCCUGGGGGCAGUGACAAGUGUGAAUACUUACGGUGCUUCAGUUAUAAAAAGCCUCAGUAGAGAACCUUGAAUGUUUAUCUAAUACAGCAGCUUAAUAGGAAGGUUUAUUAAAUAUGUUUUCAGAUAUUGCUAAAGAAGUAUUCACCCUUUUAAAAGUCUGACUUGACCUAUAGGACCCUGCUUCCCUGUGCCUGGCGCUCAUACACGCGUCUGCUAGGGGAUUAACAGCUAACACAGGAUGACAGCAUCACCAGCGUCUGACAACAGUCAGGACUAGGAUUCCUGUUCGGUGGAGAGGAGAGGAAACAGACCUCAGGAAACUUGCUCAGCAAAGCUGGAGAUCAGGUGGGAAUACAAUCUCCCAGAAAUCAGAACACGCUCUUCAGAGGAACAUGGAAUGACUGGCAAGAAUAUUUUGAGCUUUGCCAUGGUUAAGAGCAACAGUCUUGUAGUUGGGGAAGAAGUUUGCUCAGUGAUCCAGGAGUGUGAGGGUGAGCAGCUUCCUUUCCACGGGGCGAGGUCCCUGCUCCCUGUGCUGACUCUCAGGGAGGCUGCAGGGUCUCUCACAAUAUUUCAAUGUCCCACUUCUGUGUUUCUUCUCCCUCCAGGGGCUGAUUUACAAUUACAUGAGUUUUGUCAUAAUAAUUUCCUCCUAAAAUAGAAAUUCCAAAAGGAAAGAUCGUUUGUUCACACAGGUGCGUAACAAUUUCAAUUUUCACGAGCUUUUGUUUACGUCAUUUGUAAAGCAGAAUCUGAGGUUAAACAGGCACAGCUCUUCCUUACCUCAAGUCGCACCUUAUGACUCAGACUGAAAAACUAAGAGCUGUAAUAGAUGCUUGCAUAAGCCGUGUUCCUAACAAUGGGCUUAAGAACACGGUGCUCUGACAGCACCCUGGCUCCAAGUCAGGUACUGGGUUUUUGUUUCUACACCAAAGGUGGCUAUGACUAACCCACUUAGAGCAACAGCACUGAGUAACACUGGCCCUGACCUUGCUGAAUUCAAAAGCACGUUUAAAUGAUACCUACCAUGAAUUUUAAUGCAGGGCUUUUAAGGACCACACAAUUCACGAUAGAAAGUCAGAGGUGUUUCUUUAAGAAAAAGAUGACAUCUCAUGGUUGAUGAUGCUUCAAACUUAGAAUUGUUCUCAGAGAUCAUAUAGUGACAGCUUUACAACUGUACUGAUGAACAAAGCCUGAGGCUUUUUCUGCUUGAUCCAUAUAUAGCGCUAAUUGUUUUGUUUGUUAAAAUGGCAUAUCUCAACUUCUUCAAGCAUAAUUUAAAAUGACUUAAUAUUUCUAUUGUACACAAGGACUUCUUUUACUGAGGAGGGGGUUUGGAACGUAAAAUGAAUAUUCAAGGACACAGAACGCUGGGUUUCAGCACAGGCCCACCUUUAACGUCAAGGACAAGUUGAUCACUGAGGUAGGAGCUGAUGGUUCCAUUUUUGUUCAGUCUCCACUUCUGCCUCAACUGGCCGUGUUCAGUCCAUAGGGCGACUUUAGCUCCAGGUGUGUCCCGACCACCGAUCACAUCAAGACAUGUGUUAUUGGCCUAAAAGGGUCAAGAAAUAAAUGGGCAGAACUGUGGUGUUUGCUACAAUCAGUUGGAUUGGGUCCCUCUUCUUUCAUGUGAACAAAUCAGAUAUUCCAUGACUGUCUUGUCUUAAAAAAACUAUACAGCAUAAUUAUAAUCUCAGUCAACUUUCUGAGUCUUUAUGGCUGAAGGGAGGAGAUGGUAUGGAAUUAAUGUAUAGAACUAGAGGUACUUGUUUUUAAAAGGACAUCUGGAUCUGACAACAGAUGGUCAAAAAAAGUUUUGUAGAAUUAGAAUUAAGUGUUGAGUCCCUGUUAGCUUAUAUGUAUAUGGUCGAGCCUGUUUUCCUGACAAAAACAUCAGGUGAUGUUCUAGAUACCCAGACAAUAUCUACUUUUUUCUCAUGCUUCUACAAAAAUGAAAAGCACUUAAAAGUAAUUAAUUUGCUGGUGAUACAAUAAAACUGGUGUUCCAUUCCCCACAGCAUCAAAAAUCAGUGGAAGGGUUGCACAAAAGCAGACCUAAAUUUUAUUUUCUAAGCUUUCUUCAAAAACAGCAGCUUGCUGCUUCUUUCACUGUAUAUUUUGACAAUGAGAAGGCCUCACCAUAUUUGGAAUCACAAAGACGGCCGAUUUUAUGGGCCAUAGAGUGUGAGGAAUGUCUCACAGAAGCACAGUGUCCAGCUGGGUAGUGUCUUUUCUCAUGGGUUUAGAAAAAAUCAUUGAGGAAUAUCCACAGUAUAUGAUAAUCUUGCUUUGUACUUUAAAAUGGAGAAACUUUUGAUGUAGAAAAUCUGGUUUCUGAGCCCAUUUCACUUAAAUGCUUCAGUAACAUGUGUCAGUGUUAUAAUCAUGCAACAAACUGUUUACAGGAAGUUGUGUUACCUUAUGAUGCCAUUUGAUUAGGCAAGAUUCUGGUUUCCAACAGAAAAAAAUCCACAGACCACAGAGCGGGGAACAGCGUCCGUGGGGCUGGUUACCUUGGAUUUAAAGAGUCCUCGGCAGUAGUGCCAGAUCUGAGUGUUCCUCCCACUGUAUGGAGACAAGCACACAGAGGUCGCCCGGGUGUCAGCCACGUUCCCGGUGACGGUCAGGUACUCAUCCUGGGCUCGGUUCUUUAUCCUAAUGUACACUGCAGGCUGUGGCGGGAGAAACAGAGCCAUUUAGGAAAAAAAACCUUUGAAUCUGGAAGUCAGUCCUUCCAAAGGAAAGCUUGGAGGGGAAGUGAGAGGUGAUGGAAUUUAGCUGAUUUAUCAGUUUCACCCUUUAAGGAAGUAUGUCUAAGUUAAUAUUUUCUAUGGACAAAUCCUUAGCCCACUGAGCAUACAGCUUAAAUUGAACACUCUCUAGUGUAUUUUUCUGAAGUAUGCUGUUUCAGAAGCGUAAAAGGUGGUCAUUUCAUUCACUAGGACUCCAUUAUGGGCAAGGCAGUGGUGCAGAAUUAGGGACCUGACAUGUUUCAUUUGGGAUGCUGGGCUGGGAGCGGCAGGGGAGUAGGAAUAAGGGCAAGGUGCUACCUACCUGCAUCUAACAACAUCUCAGUAGAGACAGGACAAUAAUCAGACAUACUGGCUUGAGCUGCGAUUAAGUGCCAACUGACCGCUGUGGGUGGUGCUAAAAAACCCAGGCCGCUGAGGGCCCAUGUAGCUCGGGUAAUCUCUGUUUACAUUUAGACUUUGUUGACUUUUAUACUUCAAGGGAAGAACUGGGUCACAAGGGACUUCAUCUCCUGGGCUUGGAAUAUAUACAGGAAGUUUUCAAAUAAAAUGUUAAAUCUAGGA